AUGCCAUCUGGCACCCUCUGUGGCUCUCAGUCUCAGUCACAGAAGUUAUCUAAGCCUUACUCUGCUACAAUACCUGCCACAAUACCUGUCACAACUCCCGCCAAUACGCCCGCCACAUCAUCUGACACGCAGCACGCAGAGCGGCUGGAACAGUUUACAAGAAAUGGAGCUGGUUCAACCUCACCGCCGGAUUCAUCCACGUCACGCGGAGUCAACACUAUUGAUUCCUCAAUUGAUGCGCUCUUUUUCCCAGAGAAUGCCUUGACUUGCACAUCGUCAUCCAGUGUAUCCAGCUCGGACCAGGGUUGGCAAGAAUUUCUCCAACCGGCAGACGAACAGAAUAGCAUUCCGAUCGAUCCACUGAUCCUCGCCAACAAUGGCUUCUGGGAGACAGAAGAUGAACGCCUGCAUAUCCAUACGGACGGCGAUGCCAUCAUUUCGGAAACCUUUUGUCAAUAUCCUGACCCUCCACCACUUCUUCCCGACAUGCAUGUCGAGAAAAGAAACUCUAACGCAUAUCCUGAAGCGCAGGAAGGAAACUGUCAGUCGGACAGCACCCUACGCGACCAGUCGCACGUACAGAUAUCUGCCGAUGAUAGCUCCAAUUCCCAUAAUCAUACGUCCAGCAACGCCCUCGAGGCCCCAACAAGCGGCGAACAGUCAAAAUGCCGUAAGCGAAAUUUGCAACAGUCGCAUGGACAACCGCAACUGUGCAAACGGGCCAGA